GCCAUUCGUCCGGAAGCUCACAUCUACAGUAUUUUUCUUCUCCCCUUUCUCCUUUUUCGUUCUUCCACGCAUCCCCGUUUCUUCUACAACCUACGCCGGCACAUCCUCUUCGCCACAGUCGUACGCCGGCACACCUUCAUCGGAACGCCUCAUUUCAUUCUUCUUUCACUAUCUUUAUCUCUGCUGCAACCGCGCCAGCACGCAGGACUGCGCAGCCUUCUUCUGCUGGUCUCCAAAGUUCACACUCGCAACCUCAACCUCUCUCAGUUUCUCAGGGACUCAAAAAAGAGGUUGGAUGGUUUUUUGGGAGAUAUUGGAUGAAUUGCAACAGCAAUCUAGAAAUCCGGUGGAUUUUUGCAUGCAGAAUGAAGAUAUUUCUGAGGCACGUCUUAGAAGCAAUGAUUGUGACAAUGACCAGGUUUUUUCAGCUUCUUUGGGAUUUAAAAAGGAAAGGAGAUGGCAGUUAUACACUUCGAUGAAGUUUUUGUUAUAAUAAGGCUUCAUACUUUUGAAGAUUGAAGGCUGGUUGCUUCAGGUUUUGGAGAUCAGGUUGAUAGCUGACCAUUAUGAAUUACCUGCUUGGAGCUUUUAAGCCAUCUUGCAACAUAUCAAUUGCAUUUUCUGAUGGGAAAACACGCAAGCAGGUUUCAUUAAAGAAAGAAAAUGGUCAGAUGGUUUCGAUUCCCCUUUUCCAAAGUCAAGAGAAUAUUACUGGGAAGAUAACUGUAGAUCCUCUACAAGGAAAGAAGAUUGACCACAAUGGUGUUAAAAUUGAGCUUCUCGGUCAAAUUGAGAUGUAUUUUGAUAGAGGCAACUUUUAUGACUUUACUUCUCUUGUUCGUGAAUUGGAUGUUCCGGGAGAAAUAUAUGAAAGGAAAACAUACCCAUUCGAAUUUUCUACAGUUGAAAUGCCUUAUGAGACAUAUAAUGGGGUGAAUGUGAGGCUGAGGUAUGUCCUCAAAGUUACCAUCAGUCGUGGUUAUGCUGGUAGCAUAGUGGAAUAUCAAGACUUUAUGGUUCGCAACUAUUCACCCCUUCCAUCAAUCAACAAUGGUAUUAAGAUGGAAGUCGGGAUUGAAGAUUGCCUGCACAUCGAGUUUGAGUAUAACAAAAGCAAGUACCAUCUCAAGGAUGUUAUCAUUGGCAAGAUUUAUUUUUUGCUGGUGAGAAUCAAGAUAAAGAAUAUGGAUCUGGAGAUCAGGCGACGAGAAUCAACGGGAUCUGGAGCUAACACUCAUGUCGAGACAGAGACACUGGCUAAGUAUGAGCUAAUGGAUGGAGCUCCAGUUAGAGGUGAAUCUAUUCCUGUCAGAUUGUUUCUGAGCCCUUAUGAGCUGACGCCUACGCAUCGUAAUAUCAACAACAAAUUCAGUGUGAAGUAUUAUUUAAAUCUUGUUCUUGUUGAUGAAGAAGACAGACGCUAUUUCAAGCAGCAGGAGAUCACUAUAUAUAGGCUUCAAGAGACUUCCUGAUUACUCAUCUCCAAAUACUGUUAGAUAAAUCACUAUUGGGAAGGAGAUCUACUACUGGGAGACUUCUGUAAAGCGCAUGUUUUUUUCCUUGAAAAUUGUCUAUUUCUUUUCCAAGCAAAAUGUUUGACUGGUUUUCUUAGGCAUGAAAUCUUGGUGAGAUCAUUUCUUUUAGUUGGUGGUAAGUCGGAUGUGUUGAUUGUAUGAACGUCAUUGCCAAAUUGUUGAACAAUUCAUCACGAGCAUCGAUAUCUGGUUUUAGUGUGCUCAAUUGUGUAGAUUCUUUUCCUUUUUUUU